UGCGGAUCUAACCGUGUGUAGCUUCACAGUGUUGUGCUUGUGUCAGACUCAAGUCCUGUUAGAUUGAGAGAUCGAGGUGUUUCUAUGAUCUCUGAGUCACUUCACUGCAUCAAUGGCUGAUAAUGUGGAAAAUGCUGUCAAUAAUGUGUCAAAUGACGUAGCAGAGCCCAACCGGCAAACUGAUGCGGGCGGUGCAGGGGGUCCCGGGCAGAAUGAGGUGGAGCUUAAUGGACAGCCACCGACCGUACAACCCCCUCAGGUGGUCACUGACAGCGAGGAAGAUGAGGAUGAAGAGCUGACUCUCAAAUAUGGAGCGAAACAUGUUAUUAUGCUAUUUAUCCCCGUCACACUGUGUAUGGUGGUGGUCGUGGCAACAAUCAAAUCAGUCAGUUUCUACACACAGAAGGACGGACAACAGCUGAUCUACACACCCUUCCGUGAAGACACAGAAACGGUGGGUCAGCGCGCUCUGAACUCCAUGCUCAAUGCAACCAUCAUGAUCAGUGUGAUCGUGGUCAUGACACUGGUGCUGGUGGUGCUCUACAAGUACAGAUGCUACAAGGUGAUUCAAGGGUGGCUGUUCUUCUCCAACCUUCUCCUCCUCUUCUUUUUCUCCUUUAUUUAUUUGGGGGAAGUGUUCAAGACGUACAACGUGGCCAUGGACUACUUGACAUUAGCGUUGAUCAUCUGGAACUUUGGUGUGGUGGGAAUGAUCUGUAUCCACUGGAAGGGUCCACUGCGGCUCCAGCAGGCGUAUCUUAUCAUGAUCAGCGCUCUCAUGGCUCUUGUCUUCAUCAAGUACCUUCCCGAGUGGACUGCCUGGCUCAUCCUGGCUGCUAUAUCUGUCUACGAUCUGUUGGCAGUGUUGUGCCCGAAAGGACCUCUACGUAUCCUCGUGGAAACAGCUCAAGAGAGGAACGAGCCCAUUUUUCCAGCCCUCAUCUACUCUUCAACCAUGGUGUGGCUGUUUAAUAUGGCUGAUAAUGGUGAGACCAGGAAUAAUUCAGCCCAUUCAGUUCCUCAGCAGGAGAACCAAGUGGCCAUGGCACCCACAGCUCAGCCGGAGGAUGACGGUGGCUUCACACCAUCGUGGGUUGAUCAUCAGCAGCAUCAGCUGGGCCCGAUGCAGUCCACAGAGGAGAGCAGACGAGAGAUCCAGCAAAUGCCCUCUGAACGGCCACCACCUGUGGAUGAUGAUGAUGAAGAGAGGGGUGUUAAACUGGGUUUGGGAGAUUUCAUCUUUUACAGUAUGCUGGUUGGUAAAGCAUCAGCUACAGCCAGUGGUGACUGGAACACAACGCUAGCCUGCUUUGUGGCCAUUCUCAUUGGUUUGUGUCUAACUCUACUCCUCCUGGCGAUCUUCAAGAAGGCUCUUCCAGCGCUCCCCAUCUCCAUCACCUUCGGCCUAGUCUUCUACUUUGCCACUGAUAACCUGGUGCGUCCGUUCAUGGAUCAGUUGGCUGUCCAUCAGUUCUACAUUUAGCACGGAGAGGUCACUCCUCAUGCACUCCACUCUACUGCUCAUUCCCAGAACCCUCCUGCAGGGAAACACCUUUCCUCCCUCUUGACACGCAACUGGACUCGCCGUUCCUGGCAUUGAAGGAUUCUUUACAAAUGCAGUGCCUCUCCAGUGACUCAACAGAUCCUGAUAUUCGCUUUCAUCACAUCUGUGGUCUGAAUUCUGACCGUGUCUUUGUUUUGACAAAAAGCAAAGACAAUCAAAAGUCAUCGAACAUGUAUGAACGCAUAACGGUAAGAGGAUGGCAGUGAUUAUGAAUUUUUCGUUUAAUGAUGAGUUUGACGAACUCUGUUUUGUGGAAUGGGACCAGAGCUUGAUUUAUCCACCAGAUAUUGGAUUCACUUUCAUGGCAUUAUGUUAAUUCCGAUAUUGCAAGCAUUAACCCAAAGCUCUGUGAAUGAUAUGGCUUCGUAAACUGAGGUAGGUACUAUUUCAUUUUUGGUCUUUUUAAGGGGGCCUAUGAGCAUGGUUUGAGUUUUAAUUUUGAACAUUUUGAAAAACCAUGUUUUUUUGGGAAGAUGUCACAUAUUGACUUGUUCUAGUUUACACAUACAUUGAAUAAAGUGCUGUUAAAGCUACUGUUUUGCUCUCUGAGAAAGUGCGGAAGCAUCAUUUUGGAAUGUACCAUAAACUUUUUAGGUCCUAAAUGUCCUUCAUGUUCAUCUCUGCACAAACCGUCAGGAGACUGUUUGUUUGUUCAUAUUUUUAGUUGUUGUUUUGUUUUUAUUUACCAUCAAAGUGGUUGAUGAAUUACUUUUAAUUCUUUCUUAGUACACACACUUUUUGUCAUUUCAAGACAAUGCAAAAAAUUUUGUAUCUAAAGGGUAAGAUUCACAAAUAAAGGGGUUGCUCAUUUGAGCAAAUUUCA